AUGGCCGAGUCAUCUCCCAUCCCCAUCAUCUGCUGCGGCAAGAGAGAAGAAGUCGGUCGCCUUGUGAUUGAUGGACUAAAGCCCGAAGUUGAAGUUGUUCAUUUCGUCUUGGCCGGGGAAUCCGGAACAGAAAUUAUUCCUCCGCUCCUCUUGGGGCAGCUGCCUCCAUCGCAUCCCGAGCUUAGCACCAUCGGCUCAGGAAACUACUCCCAGGUCCCACAGGCCGUCGUUCUCGGCGGCGCCUUCGACGAUGAAUCCGUAGCCGCUCUCCGAGACGCCGUUAGUCGCGUGGCCGGAACGCGGAAGGUGCCCUGGAUUAGGCAGGAUAAGGAAAAAACCAAGGUUCCUGUAAUGUCUCCCGGUUACAUCCCGGACGUUAUUGCGAGGUCCAAGGAGGCAGUGACAAAACUUGCAAAAGAAGGGAAGCUGGAUGGGACUUACGAUGGGCUGGAAUAUUAUUGA